AUGGAAUAUGCACAUUAUGGAGGACUUCCUACUCUGGCAUGGACACCUUGGCCUGGUCGCAUGACCUACCCAGCUGGAUCAAUUCAUAAUAACUUGAAUAUUCACUUGAAAGGGUUGGACAUGAAGUGGAACACAGGAUGGAGGGCGAUACGUAACCAUCCAUGUUUUGCAUAUGCAGUGAUGCUUGAGUGUUUGGCUGACUGGUGUGCUGCUGAAUCCUCAAAUCGAAGAACGAACGAAAAAUACCGACUCGGAAACAAGCCCCCCGUAUCAACAAGUUCCAAGCGAAAAAUGGCAGCCAACAGCGCACAUAAGGCGAAUCCAUCUGUUGGUGCUGGGGCGGGACACCCGGUUUUUUUGAAACUAUUUCGGGACAAGGACGCAUUCCAGGAAAUCCGUACAGAGAAAAGACAAGGACUGUCGCAACCAUGCCUACGACUGUUACCCCGUUGGCAUGCCGACACAGUGACCAUACAACGAUCGGCAUUGACUGGUAACGGCGACAGGAUAUGCGGGAUCCGUAGCGGAAACGCUCCAGAGGACAAAGGUCAAGAUGUAACACCCAAUUCGAGACCAUCGACCACACAACAAUUACGCAACACCUUCACCACCUCCAACUCCAAUCCAUCCGUCUCCACAAGCUACGGUGAUCUGAUCCACAUCACGCGCUAA